CUUUCCCCUCUCUCCCUCUAGCUCUAGCUUAGGGUUGUUUCUUUCCAUUCAUCCCAAGUGGACAGGAAUUGGGAAUUUUACAAAAACCUCAAAGAUUGUUCCUUUCUUUGGUUUUUUCCUCUUUUCAUAUCCAAGAAAGAUGGAUUUUCUUGAGCCACACAAAACCAACCUUGGUGGUGGGAGUGGGAGUGGCGGUGGCGGUGGCGGUUCCGAACACCGCCGUCCAACCCCACAGCAGACCCAAGAGCCGCCACCCCCACCGCCCUCUUCACUCCAGUUGGUCCCAGUCCAAACUCAACCCGACCCGGAUGUGUCUGGGUCCGGCAAGGCCCCAUCCGACUCUUUUUUGGGCUCCAUUUCCAGACCCACUCUUCCUUCUACUCCCACCAACUCUGCUUCCACCAAAGCUGCAAAGAAGCCCUCCAAGGACCGCCACACGAAGGUCGACGGCCGCGGCCGGCGGAUUCGCAUGCCGGCCUUAUGCGCCGCCAGGGUGUUUCAGCUCACCAGAGAAUUGGGUCACAAAUCCGACGGCGAGACCAUCGAGUGGCUGUUGCAGCAAUCUGAGCCGGCGAUUAUAGCCGCCACCGGCACCGGCACGAUUCCGGCCAAUUUCUCGUCCCUCAACGUGCCUCUCCGAAGCGGCGGGGGCACACUCUCUGCUCCGCCUUCUAAAUCCGGCCCUCUCUUCAUUCACGGCGGCGCUGCCACGGCCAUGCUUGGAUUCCACCACCAGCUCUCGAACGCCGGAUACGGGCACGACCCGGAGGAGAAUUUCAUGAAGAAGAGAUUGAGAGAAGACACCAGCGGCGGGGCAACCUCACCGCCGCCGUCGGCCAAGGUAGAAAGAACAUCCGGUCAAGGUCACGAACCGGGUUCGGACUCCAUGCCCGUAUCAUCCCAACCCACCUCCAGCUACAUGCCGGCUCCGCCGGCCAUGUGGGCGGUCGCUCCGGCCGCUGGAAACAUGGGGAACACCUUCUGGAUGCUCCCAGUGAACAGCGGCACCGCCGGAACAACAACGGCGGCGGCGGCCCAGCAAGAGCAACAGCACCAUCCGUGGCAGUACAAGAGCACGGGGAUGCAGAGGAUCGGCGGGUUCGAGUUCCCCGGAGGCGGGCGGUUCAAUCCGGUUCAGCUCGGUUCGAUGGUAUUGCAGCAGUCACAGCCGGUUCAGCAGCUGGGGCUUGGCAUCUCAGAGACCAUUCAGACCAAUAUGGGAAUGAUGGCCUCCAUUAAUGAGUAUAGUGGGAACAGGAUUGAUUUGGGUAUGAAUUUGGAACACCAUCAUCAACAUCAACAACAUCAUCAUCAGCAUCAACACCAUCAUCAACAAAGCCAAUCCCAAGCAAGUGAAAGUGGAGAUGAAAAUCCCACAACUUCCCAGUAAUUUCAUCAAGGAUUUGUUUAAAUUUAUGUUCAUUCAAAGUCCAAACCUUAGUUUUUGUUUGAAUUGCUAUUUAGUUGGGGUUAGAUCAAGAAUGUGAGGGUUUCUUUGAUGUAAAAUUAAUUAAUUACCUAUCCAUCUUAUUCUGUCAUUCCUGAUCCAAAUGCUUAGUGAAUGUGUUUCAAGAAUUGGGAUUUUCUCCUAAUCUCAAAUGCAUAUUCAUUUGGACCAGGAACUACAGAGACACUAGAUUCAAUAUAAGUUAUGGAAGAAGAAUCACUCAUGUAUGUGUCUUAAUUGAAAUAAUGAGUUUUAAGUUCUCCAAUUAACCCCAUGUAUUUCAAAUGUAUAUAAUGGAAGAGAUGUUCCUUUUAUCUUUUCUGUUGACAUUUCUCUUAUGUUCAUCUUGAAAAAAGAAAAAUCAAAUCUAUGUAUGACUUGGUUCUACC